CCGCUCUUCUCCUCCUUCAUGUUUUGGAGCUCCUCGAGGGGGAUUGGCUGGGGGCGAGCAGCAGCGCUCGCCGGGGAUCGCCGCUUCCCCGCUACAUGCCGGUGCCCCCCCCCGCCCCGCGGGGCUGUGAGCGGGACCCCGCGGGGGGCAGCGCGCCGAGUUCCUCAGGAGCGGCGCGCGCGGGGCCGGGCAUGGGGGAUUUCGCGGCCCCGGCCGCCAACGGCAGCAGCGUCUGCAUCAACGCCGGCCUCGGCGGAGGGCUCGCCGGGGCCGGGGCCGCCGGCGGCGGCGGCGUCCCCAAGCACAGCACGGUGGUGGAGCGGCUGCGGCAGCGCAUCGAGGGCUGCCGGCGGCACCAUGUCAGCUGUGAAAGCCGCUACCAGCAGGCGCAGGCGGAGCAGCUGGAGCUGGAGCGCAGGGACACCGUGAGCCUCUACCAGAGGACGCUGGAGCAACGGGCCAAGAAGACGGGCGCGGGUGGCAAGCAGCCGCCGCCGAGCAAGCAGCCGCAGGACGCCGAGCCCGCCGCGGCCGAGCAGCGCAACCACACGCUGAUCAUGCUUCAAGAGACUGUCAAAAGGAAGUUGGAAGGCGCACGAUCACCUCUGAAUGGAGAGCAGCAGAAUGGAGUUUGCGAUGGCAGCUUUUCUCCAACCAGCAAGCGGAUACGGAAAGAUGUACCAGGCAUCGAGGCGAUCAACAGCUUGCCCAAUAACUUGCCUUUGCCUGCCGUUUCUCCUCUUCACCAGCUUGACAUGAAAGCAUCCUUGCCCCUGCAGAACAGUGGAACUCAUGGCAGUGGGCUAGAGGACUUGGGUAAAAAUGGUGGGCUUUCAGAGAUAAAGCUCCCUGUUAAUGGGUGCAGUGAGUUAGACGAUGGUUUUAAUGUCCUGCAGAACAAGGAACUAAAGCAAGAGCCUUUGGACGAUCCUACCUGCAUAGACACUUCGGAGACAUCCCUUUCAAAUCAGAACAAACUCUUCUCAGACAUCAAUCUGAACGAUCAAGAGUGGCAGGAGCUAAUAGAUGAACUAGCAAACACCGUUCCGGAAGAUGACAUACAAGAUUUGUUCAAUGAAGACUUCGAAGAGAAGAAAGAGCCAGACCUUACGAGGCCUGCCGCAGAGACUCAAGAGAGUGCAAGCGUCAAAAGCGAUCCAUCUCAUUCCCCAUUUGCUCAUGUUCCAUUAGGAUCUCCCCAGGUGAGGCCGUCUUCCUCUGGUCCUCCAUUCUCAAAUGUUUCCACAGCCUCUAGCGUGACUUCUGUAUCCAGUGCUCCACCAGCUCCAAUCCCUGCAGGCUCACCAGCAAACUGUGUUGUUCAGUCGCCUCAGACUCCCAACCAGGCCCAUACUCCAGGCCAAACUCAGACACGAUCUGGAAACGGGUAUCUUAUGAACCCAGCAGCAGCAGCAGUGGCGGGAUCAGGGCCUGGACCGGUGAAUCUACCGAGUGCUGACUUGUCUCCAGCUGAACAGCUCAAGCAAAUGGCCGCACAGCAGCAGCAAAGAGCUAAGCUCAUGCAGCAGAAGCAGCAGCAGCAUCCAAAUCAAGCCUCAAGCUGGUCACCUGUGGGCCCUCCAUCUAGUCCGUACGGAGGGCCUUUCAGUGCAGAGAAACCAAAUAGUCCAAUGAUGUAUCCCCAAGCCUUUAACAACCAAAACCCAAUAGUGCCUCCUAUGGCAAACAAUCCACAGAAGACCACGAUGAAUAACUACCUCCCUCAGAAUCACAUGAAUAUGAUCAAUCAGCAGCCAAAUAACCUGGGCACAAACUCUUUAAGCAAACAGCCUAAUAUGCUUUCUUAUGGCAACACCAAACCUCUGACCCACUUCAGUGCUGAGCUGAGCCAGAGGAUGACCCCACCAAUGGCAAAUCCCAGCAAAAACCCCAUGAUGCCAUACAUACAGCAGCAGCAGUCCCAGCAGCCACAGAUGCAAGCUCAGAUGGGACACCUGAGUGAGGAACAGAAACGCAUGCUCAUCAUGAAGCAGAAAGGAAUGAUGAACCAGCCCAUGGCAUAUGCAACACUUCCUUCCCUUGGUCAGGAGCAGCACCAGGUGGGACUGUCCCGGAGCACAGCACCUAUGCAGCCCUCUGUCCCACCAGGAGCCAGCAGCGUGGUCACAGGCACGAGCUCAGGGGGGGCCUUCCUGGGCAACCAGCCGCAAGCGGCCAUCAUGAAGCAGAUGCUGAUCGAGCAGAGAGCCCAGCUGCACGUGAUAGAGCAGCAGAAGCAGCAGUUCCUAAGAGAGCAGAGGCAGCAACAGCAGCAGAUCUUAGCAGAGCAGCAGUUGCAGCAGCAGUCACAUUUGCCUCGGCAGCAUCUGCAGCAACAGCGGAGCCCAUAUCCAGUGCCACAGGUCAAUCAGUUCCAAGGUUCUCCCCAGGAUAUAGCAGCUGCAAGAAACCAAGCAGCGCUCCAGAGCAUGAGGACGUCCCGAAUGAUGGCCCAGAGCGCGAGCAUGAUGGCAAUGGGUCCCUCCCAGAACCCGAGCACGCUGCCCACCACGGUGGGCCAGUCAGACCUGGGCAUGGCUCCUUACAGCAACGCCUCCUCCAGCCAGCCGGGAAUGUACAGCAUGAGCACAGGGAUGAGCCAAAUGUUGCAGCACCCAAACCAAAGCAGCAUGAACAUGGCACAUAACGCAGGCCAGGGAACGAGGCAGACUGCCUCUGGACAAGUGGUGGGAAUGGUCAGCAGUUUUGGUCAGAACAUGCUGGUAAACUCUGCUCUUCCCCAGCAUCAACAGCAGAUGAAAGGAGCAGUGGGCCAGGUCUUACCCAGGCCGCAAGCACCACGGCUUCAGAGCCUGAUGGGAACCGUCCCUCAGGGAACGCAGAACUGGCAGCAGCGAGGCUUACAAGGUAUACCCGGAAGGACUAGCGGCGAAAUUGGGCCUUUCAAUAACGGCACAGCGUAUCCAAUGCAGUCUGGGCAGCCUCGGCUGCCCAAGCAGCAUUUCCCACAGGGACUUAACCAGACAGUUGUGGACACGAGCGGAACAGUGAGAGCCCUGAACCCGGCAAUGGGGAGACAGUUGCUGCAGCCGCUGCCCGGGCAGCAGGGAACCAGCCAGGCCAGGCCGAUGGUGAUGCCUGCAAUAAGCCAGGGGGUCCCCACCAUGUCUGGUUUUAGCCAGCCUUCCGCGCAGCAGAUGCCAGGUGGUAGCUUUGCUCCGAGCAGCCAAGGCCAGGCCUAUGAGAGGAAUCCCACUCAGGACAUAUCUUACAGCUACAGUAACGAAGGAGCUGGGGGCUCGUUCUCCAGUUUAGCAGAGGGCGCAGACCUCGUGGACUCCAUCGUCAAGAGCGGACCAGGGGAUGAGUGGAUACAAGAACUCGAUGAGUUGUUCGGAAACCCCCAGUGAAUGGGCUUGUAUAGUCUGGAGUUUGGGUUGUUCCGUUUGAAGAAAUCAAAGAGAGGGUUGGAUGUGCUCCCCAUCCUCGGAUCGUUGGGGUUUUUUGUUUGAAUUGGUUUGGGUUCUUCCGUUUGUUUUCUUUUGUAUUUAAUCGUGCAAAUCGAGCUGAUCUGUAGCCAACUUGGGAAGGUUCGGGUGAUGCUGAGACAUUGGUAUCACAAGACUUCCACAGGCAGUCUCCACUGCGUGGCAGCACCUGCUGCGUGGGUGCAGGGCAGGAUGGGGAAACUGGAAAAGCCAGCUGAUGCCUCUGAAAGGGAACGGGGUGGUCUUUCUCUGCUGAAAUGAGGUUUCCUUGCACAGCAGUAUGGGCUAGCCCCGAUGUGUCCCACCUCACGUAACUGAGAAGGCUGCGGCUUUCAGGGUAGCAGAUGGAAGCCCGAAGAAGCCCACCGAUGACCACGCACAACCAGCCUUGGUGUCGGCAGGCCUCAGCGAACCAUGGCCAGGCUCUGGACUGCUGCGAGGGGCGUACAUGUGACAAACCUAAACAGUCACAGAGGGGUCACCAUUUUCACCGCAGAGUGAUAAAAAUCCAGUAGGAGUGUAACAGAACGUGAACGUGGUUGCACAGUGAGGACAGUUUGGUUACUGGACCACUGCUGGAGAUGGCUUUAGAGAGCGGGUUGUGUAAGGAGCUAUUUAGUCCCCAAGGGACUUGCAGUAGUGCUUCCCUGUCAGAGCACUUUGCGUGCCCAGGUUGCAGAACAGAGCUGAGAGAGAUGCUAGAGGCUUCAAGGCACCAGGGGACACCAGCGAAAGUCCUGAGGAGGUCCCUGUCUCUCCUCCCUCCCCGGUAUGUUUUCAUACGUCCCCCUCCCAUCUGUCAGUGUAAAAGAAACUGAAGUCACUGCGCUUUUCUUCACAAAGGGGCAGGAAGGGGAUCAGAAGGCAGGAAGGAGAAGAUGUGCGGGGAGGGUCUGGCAAGCAGGAACGAGUUCCUCCUCUCAUAUUGCAAAACGCUGGCUUAGCAGGUUGGCGUGCAUGGGCUCUCAACCUGACAUUUAGUGCCACCUGGUCUUCUGUUUUAAGCAAGCGGUGGUCUAACCUCCUUUGUUUGCUGGAAUAACAUUCACUGCAGUAUUUGAAAAAUGGGAGCCAAGGAAGGACUACAGUGAAGAGCAUGAAUGAAUGGCUAAAAUAGCGGAUUUAGGCAUCAAAAACAUCGAGUCUGCCUAAAUAUGCUUUUAGGUAACAGUGACGUAUCACCGUCUCCGCUGUCUAUUUCCACUGUGUGGACCGGUGCCGAGAGCACUGCAGUGAAGGGGUGAUCCGUCUUCCACAGAGACGCUGGCCAUUCUGAUUGCCUGAUGCAGCCGGGGCCCGAGCCAAGGAGAGCUGCCCUCCAAAACCUGCCACCUCCUCAGCUGAGAGCUGCCCACUGGGGUGGGUCACGCUUACCCCAUUCUGAAGCACAGCACGAGGUCUUAUUCCGGUCGCUGGCAAAGGUGGCAGAGGUUUGUCUGUCCGCUGCUGCAGCAGGAGCCGGGUCAGGCCUCAGUGCAGAGAGCGAGAGCAGCAGCCAAAGUUCUCAGCUCACAGCCACGCCGCGGGCAGACGACUCUUGUGGGGACGAGCGUGAGGGAAGGGACAGCCCACAGUGGCAGCACCCUGAGGGACAGGGGCAAGGGAGCAGCGUGGGGGCACAGGCGGGCCACUGGGAAGAGCAGCUCUGCGUGUGGACGGUGGCCAGCAGCGAGCUGUUGUCUUUGCAAAGCUUCCUCCAAAUACUCCGUACUGGGACCAAGUACUAGACGUAGAUUUUAAUAGAUUUGAGGUUUUUUGGUUGGUUUUUUUUUUUCCUCCUUACUAUGGUGCUGAUGUAUAUGUAAUAUUAAAAAAAAAAAAAAAAAAGUUAUUUGUAAAUAUGUUUUUACAAUUCUACAGAUAUCACUGGGUCUACUAUCUGUAAAAUAUAUACAUAUAAAAAUAUAUAUAUAUACUGUUUGUUUAAAAUAGAGUAUUUUUAUUUCAUUCCUUAACUCAUCCUUACUGCAGUGGUAUUGCACUUCAGAUGAUGUCUGAUUACUAAUUUGUACUGUAUCCCUGAUGGCAACUUGCUCCAUUUUAUUCAGAUUUUUCUAGUUUUCUGUUUUUACUUUGUACAUUAAGCAUUGCUUAUUUCCUUUUAAGACCUGUACAGAGCUCUGAAAAUGUAGAAAAAAGCUGAUGUUAACAUACCACUUUUAAAGAAAAAAAGAAAAGAAAAAAAAAAAAAACCACCAAGCAAACGAAUAAAAUAAAAGAUGGUUAUCUGAGUCCUAUGCAAGGCUGGUCUGUGAGAUCACCUCUCAGCCCUCUGCUCCUGCGGCGCUCCCGUGACGCUGCCCCAGAUGUCGGUUACCAGGCAGGCAGCAAGCACAGGUGAGUGCAGUGAGCUGCUGGGGGCUGGCAGCUCAGCUGUGUGCUAUUGAGGCCCUUCUGUCCCUUUCAUAAGAGCAAGGAAGGCUCUCCUUACUUCCAGGUGUUGUGAGACAAGGUUUCUUGUACUCUGUACUGGAGCGGUUGCUACAGGUGAGCUGGUCCUUCAUUAUGCCACCGCCAGAGGCAGCAUCUCUCGGUCUCAGUGACCGCUGCGUGCAGGAAGGAAGUGCUUUUGGGGAGGACAUGGGGUGAAAGGUGUUGGAGUGCUGCAGCUGUGCUCUGGAGAGGUGAAAUGGGAGGGAAGGAGAGAGACGUGGGGUUGGAUGUAGGAGGUAGAAAGAUGAGUUGGGGAAGCGAGGGAAAGGCGUGUUCACAGCAGCUCCCCAACCUGCUGCUCCACUGUGAGGUUUUGUGGUCAGAAACCCUUUGGGGAGUGCAGCUUACAGAAGCCCUGUGUGUUUGAGCUGCCGAUGUGGCUUGGUCCAAGUACAGACCUUAAGGUGAGUUGCCCUCUUCUCCUCAUGUCAGUCCGGUGCUAUGGUAAAUGCAGCUCUGAGCAGCUGAGGCCGCGUGUAUCCCACACUAUUACAGCUUGUGCUACUAUAUGGCACUUGGCAGCCUUACAUCCACCUUUUUUGGCACAUGUAUCUGUCCUUGUGUUGCCUCUUCCUUCCCCUGGGGUAGAUGGGGAAGGGGUAGCUAUCCAUAAGCAUGCCAGUGCAUUUCAACAGGUAAGCUUAGUGCAGAAUAAUUUCAGAAGCAAGGACCUACAUGAACAUUACUAGUAGCCUUUGGGUCUCCUCUAUUACAUGUUUCAAGCCUGAUGUGUGAUUGAGACACCUGCCUUCUUUUUCUUGCUGCCCACGACUGCCUCAAGGCAUGACUGGCAGGUAGAUUUGCUGUCCUUUUGCCUGUCAGAGGGAAGCUGUGGAAGAAUUCCCAGUGACUUCUGUGGCUGUUGUCUCUGUUCUGCUUUUUCCCUGGAACCACGUGCCAGAGAAUUGCCUUUUCUACAACUGUGCCAGCUCUCGCCUGCUCACCCCCGUGAUCUGUACUUUGAGCUCAGCAGCUGCUAUUGCCCUCAAGUCCCACCCCCGUGUACACAUUUCAUUUUAUUAUUUCAACUGCCCCAUCCCCUGUCACCACUUGCAGCCACUAAGGCAUGCCUUUAAGUCACGUUACAGCAUCUGGGAGGGACAAACUUCUGCACAUGCACUGCGUCCCCCUUUUUUGUGUGAAAGGUGCCGAUGAACCCAAGCCAAUGCUCGCUAGUACUCAGGUUGCCAACCCGAGUGGACUUCUAGGAAGACAGUACGUGUUCAUUAUGUAGACUUGACUGAGCAGAGCUAUCAACAUGCAGUUUGGCCGAACUGUGCACCAGGCACAGCAGAGAGGACUUCUGCCUGCUGGCUCUAGCAUGAAUGCAUCCAGCAUUGCCAAAGUCCUUUGAAUUACCACGAUCUACCAAAACAGUCAGUCAUGGUCUUCACUUCUCUGUAGUUCCAGAGCAUUAGAGCGGCCCGUCGUGCAGGAUGGCUGCUGCUGCUGGGAGUGAAGAAGAGUGAAGGAAGGCUUCUGAGGCAUCGACAAAGCCAGAGGAUGCUGGCUGGUGACCAAACAAGCCCAACUAGGUUCUAGCAAGCGUGGUCCUGGGAAGCUGUGGAAUGUCAAUGAAAAUGGAGGGGCAUACAUUGCGAUAGAAAGCUGAAGAUGACACACCUGUGUUCUGUCAAACAUGGAAAGAACUAAGCAGUGUUGCACUGAUCCGCGCAGAGACAGGCCAAAGAGGAGCCUACCCAACGAUCUGCAAGACAGUGCUUGGACAGAACAGCUGAAAAAGACAGCUGGGAAGACAGGGGCGGAGUUUGUCGGGGCUGGAAGCAGAAGGCUCUGUAUUUGUAGUCACAUCUGACAACACCUUCAGAGAAGCAGCACAGUUCCCAGUUCUCAGUGGCUGCUCCCAGAAGCACAUAUGGUUCCCAGAACUGAUGACUGGUACCAUGAGUCAUGUUGCAGUGGGAAGCUACAGGUUAUCACUGCGCAUCCCGCGGAGAGAACAUCCCAAAAUUGGAAGCAGAUGGGAACCCGUCUUCUUGUAAACUGAUGCCAGAAAGUUUCUGGUUAGAGUCGUGCUUUGUUCGGCACACAAGCGCAGCAUCAUCUGUGUGCCUCCGCUUGGCCUCCUCCCGGCCUGACACAGCAACUUACGUAACUGAAAUCACAGCCUCUGAGCAGCCCACUGCCAUGGCUGGAGGGAGCAGCACUAAGUGAUACGGCCGCACCCAGCACGCAUCCAACAAGCUCCUUACAGUAAUGCAUCUGUUCCCCACAGCCCUCUCUGACAUGAGGCACUUUCAGCCACUCAUCGUGGCUUCGAUAGCCCUCGGUCAGUGCUGCAGAUUCACCUUCACUUUCAGAUGAGUACAUCCAUAUUGACGAUGGCUUUGUAGGUACAAUAUGUACAAAUUUAAUCACAGCACGUUCUUGUGUUUAUGAAGAACCAGACUCCUCCAAUGAUGCCCUGCCCCUAUCUCUGCAGGCACCCAGUAGCACGCUUACAGAUGCGAACCACCACUUCCCAAUCCCCAGUCUCCCCAGCCAAAAACAGGACUGCUGUUGGCCUCCAGAAGGACUCCAGCUGGAUUUCACUGCUCUCCUGCAAGGACCGUUAGACUGUUCAGGCUUGCAAAUGGCCCCUCUCUGGGAAACCACACUGUGGGGAAAGUACCAAAUGCCAAACCCUACUCAGUGGAAUUACAUGAGAAUCCACUAUGUGGAGCCAGCCACUAAUGAUUUGGCCGACGAGAAAAGUGGAUUUGAAUGAGCUCGUCACCAAAACUUCAGGGGGAAUUCUGUCCGUGCUGAUGAGCAGCUGUGAAAAACACCAUUCAACUGUGCAGCAGUGCCCAACUUCUGGUUUUUCUCGGCUUCACUGAUCCCCUCCCCAGAAUGCAGAAGGGAAGCAUUAGGAGCGGAGAUGGGAAGAGCCCAUCCAAAGCUCCUGGCGAGC